GCUAGCAGGCUGCACUCAAGUGGUACCUCUGUCUGCCAUGAAGGUCACAGGGGCUUUCGUGGCUCUAGCCAUUUGCUGCUGCUUUGGUGCUGCCCUUGGAACUGAGGUUGAUUGCAGGCAUUAUCUUCGUGCCAAAGAUGGGACAGAUAUCGUAGUUUGCCCCAGGAACUUGGAGCCAGUCUGUGGCACUGACGGCAACACAUACAACCAUGAGUGUGGGAUCUGCUUCCACAACAACCAGCACAGGGCCAGUGUGGGGAAGGCACAUGAUGGAGAAUGUGAGCCAAAAUCUGUUAAGAUCGAUUGCAGUAGGUACCGAAGUGCUGUAGUAGAUGGUCACGUCAUGGUAGCCUGCCCAAGGAUACUGAAACCAGUCUGUGGCUCAGAUAGCUUCACUUAUGACAAUGAAUGUGGCAUCUGUGCCUAUAAUGCAGAACAUCAAACAAAUGUUAGCAAAAUGCACGAUGGAGAAUGCAAGCAGAAAGUUGGUUCUGUUGACUGCAGUAAGUACCCAACAGAAGACACUAAAGAUGGCAAAGUAUUAGUAUCCUGUCCAAGGAACCUGGAGCCAGUGUGUGGCACAGAUGGCAUUACAUAUGAUAAUGAAUGUGGGAUCUGUGCCCACAAUGGAGAACACAGGACCCAUGUUAGCAAAAAGCAUAAUGGAAAAUGCAGACCAGAGACUUCUGAGAUUGAUUGCAGUCAAUACUCAUCAAAAACGCUGAGGGGUGGUAAAGCCCUGCUCCGCUGCCCACGGAUCCUGCUCCCAGUCUGCGGCACAGAUGGAUUUACUUAUGACAAUGAAUGUGGCAUCUGUGCCCAUAACCUGGAACAUGGGACUCACAUUAAGAAAAACCAUGUGGGAAGAUGCAAGGAGGAAAGUACUCCUGUUGACUGCAGCAUGUACCUGAGCAACGCCAAAACCGGCGAAGCCAUUGCAGCCUGCCCCUUCAUCCUGCGUGAGAUCUGUGGGACAGACGGUGUCACCUACAGCAAUGACUGCGCACUCUGUGCCCAUAACAUUGAGUUUGGAACCGAUGUUGCCAAGAAGCACGAUGGAAGGUGCGCAGAAGUUCCCCAACUCAACUGCAGCCACUACCCAACUUCCACACUGAAGGAUGGCAGAGAGCUGAUGGCCUGCACGAUGAUCUACGACCCUGUCUGCGGUACUGACGGUGUGACCUACGCCAGCGAGUGCACGCUGUGUGCCCACAACCUGGAACAUCGGACCUCUCUUGGCAAAAGGAAGAAUGGACGCUGUGAAGAGGAUAUUACGAGAGAGCAUUGCAAGGACUUUGAUGAAAUCUCUUCUAUCUGCACCCUUGAAUAUAUGCCCCACUGUGGCUCUGAUGGCAAAACAUACAGCAACAGAUGUGGUUUCUGCAAUGCCUAUCUGAAAAGUGGAAGGACUCUCAACCUCAUGAGCAUGACUGAAUGCUAAGUGCAUGCUGGACUCCAGCCCAAGAAAGCAUGUUCCUUUGCAUGUGACUUCCCAUGGGCUGAUCUUCCUCAGCAACCUCCCUUCAGUUUGUCUCAUUUCCUUAGCUCCUGAAACACUUGUUCAAUAAACUCA